AUGUCGUGGGAAUCAAUUGCCGCUGCAAAGCGUCAAGCGCUCAAGGAUUCAAUCCCAGCCGAAUGGGUUAUCCCUGCUGCCAUCUUUCCCCCGGAAGAUCAGUUGGAUGUGACCACUUUCCCUCGGGAAUCCGGAUUUUUCACCGAACGGGAACUAGAAAUUACCUCAAUUUCUGCUCUGACGAUUUUAUCGCAUCUGUCUUCGGGGUCAUGGACGUCGGAGGAAGUGACCAAGGCGUUCUGUAAGACUGCGGCAGUGGCCCAACAAUUGACAAACUGUUUGUCGGAAAUCUUCUUCGACAAGGCCAUCAUACAGGCUAAGGAGCUCGAUCUCUAUUUCCAACAAACCGGAAAGACAAAGGGACCCUUCCAUGGCCUACCUAUCUCUCUCAAGGAUAAUUUCAACUUUAUUGGGUAUGAUUCAACUAUUGGAUUCACCUCCUUAGUGGGCAAGCCUGCUACCUACAAUAGUACGGUUGUGGAUCUCCUCCUAGAAACCGGUGCGGUGCUCUACUGCAAAACCAAUGUGCCAACUGCCAUGAUGAUAUCUGAGUCCGUGAACAAUCUUUUCGGCCGCACGGUCAACCCACAUAACCGUAGUCUCACUACUGGAGGCUCAUCUGGGGGCGAAGCUGCAUUGAUUGCAUUCGGUGGUAGUCGGCUUGGCGUGGGUAGCGAUAUCGGUGGCUCCCUCCGUAUGCCAGCAGCCUGCACCGGUACCUUCACCAUCCGUGCCUCCGCGGGGCGCUUUCCCAACUUUCGCUCACGCGCCUGUCUGGAAGGCCAGGAGUCCGUAGUUGGAGUCAGCGGUCCGAUAGCCAAGACUCUAGAAGAAAUUGUUUACUGGUCCAGCACCAUUCUCAGCCUAGAGCCCUGGCUCCGCGACCCGAAAUGUCUCCCGAUCCCCUGGCGCUCUGUGGAACCAAAGAAGUCUCUCAAGAUUGGUGUCCUCUGGGACGAUGGAUUCAUUUCCCCAACGCCUCCUGUUGCUCGUGCACUAAAGGAGACCGUCGAGAAGUUAAAGGCAGCUGGUCACGAGAUUGUCGACUGGCCGUCGACUGAGCACAUGGAGAUGCUAAUGAUACUCGGACGCUUGUUCCUCGCAGACGGGGGCAAAUCUGUACGGGAUCUUCUUGAGCCAACAGGGGAGCCCUUUCGCCCGGAAAUGAAGCCCUAUGAGGAUGCAAAGGAAAUAAGCGUGUACGAUCUAUGGCAGAUUCAUGCUCGUCGCAACGCUCUGUGCAGAGCUUACUUGGAUCGAUGGAAUGAGACUGGCAUCGAUGCUCUUCUAUGCCCCACGACUCCAUACAGCAGCGCUGAGAACGGCAAAUUUGCUUACGCCGGGUAUACAUGCGUCUUCAAUCUCCUGGAUUAUCCGGCUGUUUCGUUCCCUUGUGGUGUGAAGACCGAUAAGACUAUUGAUGCAGCAUAUACUGACCAUAAGGCAUUGAGUGAUAUGGAUGCGAAGAUUCAAAAAGAUUACUCUGCCGAGUCCGUGCAUGGCAUGUCAGUAAGCCUGCAGCUAGUUGGCCGAAGACUCGAAGAGGAGAAAUUAUUGGCAAUGACUGAUGUCAUUCUGAAAACUGUCGCUCCGUGA